UUAUAGGAACUGGGUGUGAAUCGCACUGAGGGCUCAAAGAAUUUCCUACAAUGAAGAAAAUAAAAGCAACAACAUCCUGACGUCCACGCCGUGGUCGAUCAGGGUCAGUGGCGGUAUUAGUGACUGAUAUGGAUGCAAGUGACAACAAGGAUGUGAAACUGUCGGCUGAAGUAGAACCGUUCAUCCCACAGAAGAAAGGUCUUGAGGGAUCCAUUGUCAGCAUGAGUCUUUCUGGAGAGGUGGGUGGUGGUGGUGGAGGGGCCGGAGGUGCUGGAGGAACUGGUGGAGGAGUGGAGACCACACCCAUUCCCAGCUACCUCAUCACCUGUUACCCCUUUGUCCAGGAGAACCAGCCCAACAGACAACACCCUAUGUAUAAUGGAGGGGAGCUGCGCUGGCAGCAGCCUAACCCCAGCCCUGGUGGUCCAUACCUGGCCUACCCUAUUUUAUCUUCCCCCCAGCCACCAGUCUCCAACGACUAUGCCUACUACCAGAUCAUGCCUGCCCCAUGCCCACCUGUAAUGGGCUUCUACCAGCCCUUCCCUGGCCCCUAUACUGGGCCCGUGCAAGCUGGGAUGGUAAACCCUGUCUCAGGGGAUGUCGGUGAAAGACCCCCCCCUCUUGGACAAGCAUUUGGACUGGCCAAUCAGAGGGGGAGGGGCAUGGUGCGACCAACUCUUCUUCCCAAGCAGCAGCAGCAACUUGGUGUGUGCCAACCUCUGAGGGGCCGUCGGCCCCCUACAAGGAGCGUUGCUGUACAGAAGGAGGUUUGUGCCUUGGGGCCUGAUGGUAGAAGCAAAACGGUUCUUCUGGUGGAUGCAGCACAGCAGACUGACUUCCCCGGUGAAAUGUCAGGGAGGGGCAGUACGGAGCGGGCUAGCCCCCUCCUGUGGAAGAACCGAACGAAAAGGAGACGGGCAUCCCACCCAGCAGAAAACUACAAUGAGCAGGGGGCCAGUGAGGCAGAUAUAGACAGUGACAGUGGAUACUGCAGCCCCAAGCACAACCAAGGAACCGGGGCUGCACAGCGUGCAGCAGAGCCCACGGGAGUUGAGACUGGUGUAAUGACAGCAGGGAGCUGGGUAAAUGUAGCUUCUCAAGCUACCCAGAAGCCCAGGGGUGACAGGAGCAGCCACUUUCACAGAGCAGACCUGAGGAAGAACACCGACCAGAGGAACUUUGCACAGCGUAUGCACCCAAACCAGAACCAGAACCCUAACUCUGCAGAAAGGAGACUGCAGCCAGGAGUGAUCACGGGGGCUGAGCUCACACCAGAGCCCCUCUACUUUGAGGAUGAAGAUGAGUUUCCAGAGCUGGCCACAGGAGGGGCAGUGCAGCGCAACACCAAACCCGAACCCACCCCAACCCAGGCACAGACACAACCCAAACUCCCCAAAAAUCUGCUGAAUAAUCUGCCGGAAAACUCGCCCAUCAACAUCGUUCAGACGCCCAUCCCAAUCACCACCUCUGUCCCCAAGAGGGCGAAGAGCCAGAGAAAGAAAGCCCUAGCUGCUGCCCUGGCUACAGCACAGGAGUAUUCAGAGAUCAGCAUGGAGCAGAAGAAACUACAGGAGGCGCUCACCAAGGCAGCUGGGAAGAAGAGUAAAACUCCAGUCCAGCUUGACCUGGGAGAUAUGCUUGCAGCUCUGGAAAAACAUCAGCAGGCUAUGAAGGCCAGACAGCUUACCAACACCAAGCCACUGUCUUUCAUUGUGGGUACAACAGCUCCAUUCCAUGGCUCAAGUUCGACAAAUGCACCGUCCAUGCUGAAGGGGCAACAACAGCAGUGCUCGGUUCCUCACAAUACCCUAGACUCCACUGCACCUCGUAUUAAGAGAGGGAAAGAGAGAGAGAUCCCAAAAGUCAAGCGGCCCACUGCUCUAAAGAAGAUAAUCCUGAAAGAACGAGAGGGGAAGAAGGGGAAGGCUAAUGUAGAGCCAGGCUCCUCAGGUCAGGAGGAGCCUGGCGAUGACGAACUACAGUUUACUGACGACCUCACGCAAGAGCCUGCCUCCCAAGAGGAAAAUGGCCUAAGCAUGCCCAGUGAUGCAUCCCUCUCACCAGCCAGUCAAAACUCUCCGUACAGCAUCACCCCAGUAUCACAGGGUUCCCCUGCCAGCUCCGGCAUUGGGAGUCCCAUGGCUGCUAACGCUAUCACCAAGAUCCACAGUCGUCGUUUCAGAGAGUACUGUAACCAGGUGCUGAACAAGGAGAUAGACGAGAGCGUGACCCUGCUUCUCCAAGAGCUGGUGCGCUUCCAGGAGCGUGUCUACCAGAAGGACCCCACUAAGGCUAAGUCCAAACGCCGCCUAGUUAUGGGUCUGAGAGAGGUCACAAAGCACAUGAAGCUGCACAAGAUUAAGUGUGUCAUCAUCUCUCCCAAUUGUGAGAAGAUCCAGGCUAAGGGUGGUUUGGAUGAAGCUCUGUAUAAUGUAAUUGCCAUGGCUAGGGAGCAGGAGAUCCCAUUUGUCUUUGCUUUGGGCAGAAAGGCACUGGGAAGGUGUGUUAACAAACUUGUGCCUGUCAGUGUGGUGGGCAUCUUCAACUUCUCUGGAGCCGAGGGUUUGUUCAACCGCCUGGUGUCUCUGACAGAAGAGGCCAGGAAGGCCUAUAAGGACAUGGUGUCGGCUCUGGAGCAAGAGCAGGCUGAGGAGGCUCUGAAAAACGUCAAGAAAGUCACUCACCACAUGGGUCACUCCCGUAACCCCUCUGCUGCUUCCGCCAUCUCCUUUUGCUCCGUGAUCUCUGAGCCCAUCUCCGAGGUCAAUGAGAAGGAGUAUGAGACAAACUGGAGGAGUAUGGUGGAAACGUCAGAUGCCUUGGAGCCAGUGGAGGCUGAGCCUAUCCGCCCUGCUCCCUCCUCAGCCUCCCAGAGAGAGGGUGAGGGCCUGCCCACUGCCAGCCAUUCCACCACCUCCACCUCCAGUUCCUCAUGUCUGCAGCAGAGAGCAACACCACAGACACAGGGCACAGGGGAGAGGGAGGAGGGUCGUGCUGACGACCGUCUAGAGCUUGCCUCCCAGCAGAGCACAGAGACAGGCUCCCUGGAUGGGAGCUGCCGGGACCAGCUGAACUCCUCCAUCACUUCCACCACCUCCACCCUGGUACCUGGCAUGCUGGAGGAGGCUGAGGAGGAGGACGAAGAGGAGGAGGACUAUACUCCAGAGCCCAUUUCCGUGGAGGUACCAGCGCUCAGCAGCCGCAUUGAGUCCUGGGUCUCCAAAACCUUGGAGAACCUGCAGCUAGGGAACAGCCGGGACAGCACAGAGGAGGAGGAAGAGGAGGAGGAGGAGGAAGAAGAAGAAGCUGUAGGAGGGCAGAGCGAAGAGGAAGAGGAUCUUGAUUCCGCUGAUGCCACAGGGAUAAGAACGGAGGGCAAGGAGCUGCAGGAGACGGAGAAGAUCACUGGCUGAUAUUGCCUCCAUCUCCUCUCUCUUGCCGGACUCUCGAUAUCUUAACACUCAUCCCUUCUUUUCCCUCACACAUCCCUCUUUCAUUAGAACCAGCAUCACCUCUCCAUUGUUAUAACCCCCUGGCACCAGACAUGAUCUCAGGUAUCCAAUAACCAACCAAUCAACACACACACACACACACACACUUGCACACAGAUCAUUAACCCAUAGACCAUUAACCCACCCACGCAUGACCAACUUACACAAACAGACAGGAUGGCUUGCCAAUUCACUUGUUCACGCCACUGGACCCCCAAAUACCUGUUUUCUUUCAACCACCUGACUGGACAAUGGGAAAGGAUGCCCUCGUCUCUUUGGCCCACAACCUGUUUACACUUGAAUUCAGAGGCCAAGCUUUUGUUUUCUCCACCUCUGAGGCUGAACUCUGUUGGAGCCAGGGAGACAUAUCAGGGAGGCAAAUGUCGAGGGCUAUGAUAGGAGAAAUGAUACUCGCAGAGAUAUCUGGACCUUUUACCUCCUGCCAGUGUGUUUUUUUACAGGAGAACAAUGGGGGUGGGGACUCGGCUCCACCUUGCUUCGUGCGGAGCUCAGAGGGUUCACAGCUUUGUGUGCAUUUGUGAUUGUGCGUUUGUUUAUGUCAGGGUGCUUGUAGCUAUGCACUUGUGUGCUACCCUUUACAGGUUUGUAGGUAGCAUUGUGCUCUGCUGUGUUUAGUAGCUUUAUCGUGUGCAUAACCCCUCCCCCCCAACUCCACUGCUCCAAGAGGAAAGGUGUGUGUGCGUGUGUGUGCCUGCGUGUCAUUUUGAGUCCUGUCCUCUGUUCAAAUGAUUUAAAAUAGGAAACAUAAUUUGACCUACUAAUAAGAAGUGUAACAAGCUUCAUGUAUAUAAAAGUUUAGGAUGUUCUACUACUCUGUAAUAGUCUGGUAUUUUGAUCUUGCCUAGUGUGAAAAGCUAUUUGGGGUUGUUCUCUUAUGAGUGGUGUUGAGUUGCUAGCUGUCGUCUGUGUCUUGUAUAGUGCUCCUGUUUUUUGUUUUUUUUUCUUAUUCUGUUUGUGGCUUGUCCAAAAGGAAACAUUUAGAUUUUUAUUGAGGCCUAUCUGAGUCAUCUAUUAUUUGGAGACCUUAACGUCUAUCCAAAGUUGUUUUUUUUUAUUAUUAUAAAUAAGAUAUAUAGGGAUGCACCAAUACUGGUAUCAAAUACCGGGCUAAUACAAGGCCAAAGUAGUGUACCGGUAUCGGAGAAUUUACCCAAGACUAAAAUCUGAUACCAAAAGCCAUGAUGAUUAACAUAUCACAGAUAAAAGCAAAAUGGCUCGAUUUCAUGCUUUUUUGGUACAUAGAAGCCUGUAUUUCUAUAAAGGUGGAUAGAAAAUGAAUUCUAUCUCAGUUACGUUGCCGAUUGACCCCCAAACGAAUGGUCAAGUCUGCACUGUUAAACAAAAGUAUCACAUCGAUACUCAAUAUCGGACGAUAUUUAAAGAGUAGUACUUGGGAUCGGCUUUGGUGUUGAGAAAGUGAUAUUGGUGCAUUCCUAGAGAUAUCACGUCAACGGAUAAUUAAACAUUGUAUGCGUAAUUUCUUCCUGAGCGCUGGAUAUUACACAUAGCCCCUUAAUGUCGCGAAGCCUCAGAACCUUUUUGUAAUAUUCAUUGUGUCAUCUAAAAAUGCAGUGUUUGGUAAUUACUGUUAAAAAAGACUGUCAGGAAAUGUGUUGAAAAUUGUUCCGUGUGCCUCUUGAAAUCAUGGGUCCUCCACUGACUGGCUUCCACAAAUGUUAUGAGCUUCUCUUAGCCGAUAAAUAUCUCUUAUAUCUCAGUGACCAGGAUAUGAGUCAGUCAGUCAAAAGCUGUUCGUCAUCCUGUCUGUGUUGUGCUCGUGCCGAGCUCAGACUACAUAAAAUCAACACAAAUUUGACACAAUCAUGUCAUUGCAGACAAAUGUCUGCCAGUAUUAUGAAUGUGGGAAACAGUCAGUCGUUGUGGUCCAUGGAUGGUAGAUGGUGGUAGAGCACCUGGUAUAUUACCUGGUAUUACCUGGUUGCCAGGUUGAGGAGUUUGAUUCGACCUGGGACCACCUGUCAUGUGAUGUCGUGAAUUCAUUGUAACAUGAAGUGGGCCAGGACUUGAGAAAUGCAUUCAUUUAUUCAUCAGUCCAGAAAUGUGACAUGGCAGGAUAUGACCGUUGAAUCAUCUAGGACAAGCCACUAUGCCCCAACAGAAAGUCUAGUAUGUCUAAGUCAGAAUUUCUCCUGUCUUGUAGGGCAACUUCAGAGACAUAACUCACUUUUGACCAAUGGCAGCGCGUGUUGCUCCUUAGUGAAAGAAACUGAACAAAUAUGUAAUUGUUUUGUUUUUUUGAUGAUGUGUUAUUCCCUCUCCUUGAUCCGUGACGAAGACGUUGUUUGAUUGGUAAAGGCGGCCUAAGUACAUGUCGCUGUCCAUACACGUAGUGUGUGCCACCUCAGAUAGGUCAAGAUUUUAGAAAGCUCUAAUCAUGUAAUCUGACUUGGACACCAUCAGAAAAGUUAAAAAUAACAUGCAGUCUGAUCCCAGCAUCACAUAUACAGACAGGGUAGCCAAAAAAUGACCAGCGUAGACUGAAGGAGCACAUCCUCUCUCUUGGUCAUCUGACCCCCAGUGCUCUUUCCCUCAAGUCAUCCACCCGGUUCUGUAAAGGGAUGUCCCAGCCCAUCUGACCUGCAGCUUUAAUUUAAAGACAAGGAUGGUCUAUAAAACCCCCCAAGUUCAUCAUGAAUCAGAAAAGCUUCUUAAAAAAAAAAAAAAAAGUAAAACUUCCCUCUCUGAUGGAGCCGAUCCAAAUUUGACUUUUAUCAGUGGUGUGUUUGCACAAGUAUUUGAUGACCAGUUAACGCCAGUGGUUUUUACCCAGCUGCCUGUUGGUGCGCCACAGCAGAGGCAUUUCCUCACGGUCACCACUGAAUGGCAGAAGCACCACAGAUAACCCCAGUAAGUUGUUAUUAAGCUAUUAUGCAUAUAAGCAUAACUGAACCCAUGUAAAUUAAAUUGUAUAAAAGAGAUUUUGACUUUACAGUGUAUUAAAAGAAACAAUCACCUUGUUCUUAAAGCCAUUUGAUAGAAACAAAUUUAAAUUUUAUCAGUUGGAAUCCAAUCUGAUAGUGAUUCAUACUGAACAGUUAGCCAGUCAUGACAAUGCUGUGUAUUUAAUACAGUGUGUUGGUCUGUAUGCAAUAUGAAGCCCUGAGAUGGGAGAAGGCAGUGUACUGUAUGUCAAACAAAGUCUUGUUUGAUAAAAGGUACGCUGUGUGUAGUCUUUUUUUUUUUCCUUUUUGCUAUCACUUCCAUCAAAGUGCGUUUUGGAGUGUGUACAAUGACAGCAAGAGUGUUCUUUGCACUAUGUAAAUAUAGUACUAGUAAAAAUCUUAUAACUAAUGUGAAAUGACAAAAAAACGGUUCAAUGAAGUACCUUUUUUUCAGCGUGUUAUUUGUCUUUAUACGGAUAUUUAAACUAAGCAGUACAUCACUAGCAACAUUGUAAGAGACAGCUUCUCAUGCUCUGUUCAUUCUUAAACCAUCUGGACUGAUGAUUAAUAUUAUUAAAAUGUUG